AUGCGUUGGAUCAAGUCGCUGCUUUGGCUCUCCGCAGUAACAGUGGCCCAGUCCACCGAGGGCAUCUUCAACCUUGUCAAACGACGAUUGCCAGAUCAUGUUCAUGAUUUGGAUUUUAUUUUGGACACUAAUUUCGCUGGAGACUAUGAUUCUUAUGUUGUGAACAAUGGUCGAAAUGGAACAAUUUCAGUCAAGGGGAACUCCCUGAGCGCAUUAUCUUCGGGUCUACAUCGAUACCUCACCGAUGUCGCCCAUGUUGACAUUUACUGGUUUAUUGGCAGUCGGCUGCAUGUCGCACCAUCUAAGCUACCUCGUCUAUCGAGGGCAAUCUACGGCUCGAGUACAGUCCCUUGGCGGUAUCAUUUCAACACAGUAACCUUUUCCUACACCACUGCCUUCUGGACAUGGGAGGAUUGGGAGUCACAGCUCGACUGGAUGGCCCUACGCGGUGUGAAUCUACCCCUUGCUUGGGUUGGCCAGGAGAAGAUUUUCCUUGAGGUUUUUCCCUUUCAAGCCUGGAAUCGGUUUGGCAAUAUCCAAGGCUCCUGGCACGGUGAUCUUCCUGAGUCAUGGAUCAAUCAACAAUUCGAUCUGCAGAAAAAAAUUAUUCAACGCAUGGUAGAAUUGGGCAUGACCCCUGUGUUGCCAUCCUUCACUGGAUUUGUUCCUGCUAAUAUCACUCGUGUUUUGCCAAAUGCCAAGGUAAUUCGUGGAUCGCAAUGGGGCGGUUUCCCCAUACAACACACCAACGACACCUUUCUGGAGCCAUUCGACGACAACUUUGCAAAGCUUCAAGUCAGUUUCAUAAGCAAACAACGAGAUUUCUAUGGUGAUGUCAGUCACAUCUACACUCUCGAUCAGUACAACGAGAUCGACCCUGACUCGGGUGAUGUGGAUUAUUUGCGCAAUGUCACUCGCAGCACCUGGCAUAGCUUAAAACUGGCGGACCCUGAUGCGAUAUGGAUGAUGCAAGGUUGGCUUUUCUAUGCCAACUCCGACUUUUGGACAGAUGAAAGAGUGGAAGCCUAUUUGUCUGGCGUAGACUCGAACGAGGAUAUGCUAAUCUUGGAUCUUUUCUCGGAGUCUAUUCCAGAGUGGCGUCGAACAAAUAGUUACUAUGGAAAACCUUGGAUUUGGUGUCAGUUGCACAACUUUGGAGGCAACAUGGGCCUGUACGGACAGAUUCAAAACCUGACCCAAAAUGCUACCGAAGCCCUGAUCGAGUCGCCAUCCAUGGUCGGAUAUGGUCUCAGCAUGGAAGGCCAAGAGGGAAAUGAGAUAGUGUAUGACUUGCUUCUGGAUCAGGCGUGGUCUCGGACCCCAUUGGAUACACAGCAGUAUUUCCACAAUUGGGUGACAAGCCGUUAUUCCGGCCAGGAUUUUAUCCCGGACGGGCUCUACUUGGCCUGGAAUUCGAUGCGACAGACGGUGUAUAACAACACGAACAUGACAACUCUGGCUGUGGCAAAGUCCAUUGUGGAUAUUGAGCCCAAGCUUUGGAGUUUGGUCGAUAUUGUCGGCACACACGGCACAUCCGUCAACUACGAUCCAUCUGUACUGGUGCAGGCGUGGCAGUUGAUGUAUCAUGCAACAAAAGAAGAGCCAAGAUUAUGGUCUAACCCGGCUUAUCAGCAUGACAUGGUUGAUGUGACUCGUCAAGUCAUGGACAACGCUUUCAUUCCGUUGUACUUAGAUCUCAUUGAAUCCUACAACAGCUCUCGUUCGACACACACAUUAGCGCAGCAGGGGGAGAACCUCCUCCGAAUCUUGACAGAUCUGGACUCCAUCCUUCUGACCAAUCGAAAUUUCCGACUUUCGACGUGGAUUGACUCGGCACGGGCCUGGGCCCACGGUAACAAGACCGAGAUUGCAUUCUUGGAAUAUAACGCGCGUAAUCAGAUUACUCUCUGGGGACCAAAUGGAGAGAUCUCUGAUUACGCUUCGAAGCAAUGGGGUGGGCUCGUCUCCUCAUACUAUGUGCCCCGCUGGCGUAUGUUUAUCGAGUACCUGAAGUCAACACCGACCGUGUCAUACAAUGCCACUGAAAUACACGCACAGAUGCGAGAUUUUGAGUUGCGAUGGCAAGAUGAGACCUGGUCUGUUCCCGAGCCUACUACGGAGAUGGCGGAUUUGUCCAAAGUGUUGACCAGGGUCACUCACCAAUGGCCGGCUAUCUUUGGACUGGAGUAG